AUGGCGGCGGCGGCGCUCCGUCCGGCGAUCCUCCGCCGCAUCCGCCUCUCCCCCUCGCCGUCGCUCGCCCUCGCGGCCGCUGGGGCAGGGGCGUCCCACCCGCACGCGCUGGCGCGGUGGCUCGCGCCGCGGCCCAUGUCCUCCCACGACGCGCACCUCACACGCGAGGAAGUCGUCGACCGCGUCCUCGACGUCCUCAAGUGCCACCCCAAGGUCGACCCCUCCAAGGUGACCCCGGAGGCGCACUUCGAGAAGGAUCUGGGGCUGGACAGCCUGGACACCGUCGAGGUGGUCAUGGCCAUCGAGGAGGAGUUCAAGCUCGAGAUCCCCGACAUGGAGGCUGACAAGAUCGACUCGCUCCCGCUGGCCAUCGAGUACGUCGCCAACCACCCCAUGGCCGGCUGA